UCAAAUACGUUAAUCUCACCGAAAAUGGAAUGGGACGAAGUUGAAACUGCAGAACUUUUUCAAAAGUUUGAGUCAUUCGCUGCUGCAAAAUUUACGGAGCUUCGACAAAAGCACUGGAAGGAAUGCACCGCUGCAAUUUCGGAUGUAAGAAAAAUGAUAACUGAGCUUCGAGCAGGUAAGGUGUCUUUUGAUUUUGACCUUUUGUUAGAUUUCGAAGAAGGACUAAGUAGAGUUAACUCCGAGAAAGCCGAACUGGAGAAAGAACUCGAAAAAUGUCAAGAAAUGAUAGAGGGGAAGAACUUAGAACUGCUUGGUUUACGUCGUCAAUUAAGAAGUUACAAUUUAUCAAAAAAUAUCUGUAAGAAAUGCGAAUGUGUGGUACCUGAAGUUGAAGGCAAACUGGAAAAGGAGCAAACUGAUCAGGGUGGUAGAAAAAGGGCAAGGUUUAACUUGUCAUUGUCUUCCUCAGAGUCUCCCGAUGCACCCAUCGAUUCAAAUGGUGGACUAACGAGAAAACCAUCGGAAAAACGUCUUUGUCUUGCAACGUCCAAUGGUCAAGUGGCUGUUGAGAUCAACAAACAGAAAAACGGUAGCAACAAAAAUGGUUGUGGUGAUGCACCUAACGUGCUUGUUCCCGAGACCCAACAGGAAUCACCAAGUAAUGGUUCACCGGAAUCACGAACUCUCACUGACGGUGUAACAACUCAUAACAACAGUGAUGUGGGUGUCAAACCAGAAGAAGACGGCGAUCAGUCAAUACAAACUCCUAUGAGUGAUCCUCUUUCUCGACGAACCUUUGGUCUCUCUGCGCUCAGUCCACCCUCCACUUAUUACGACGCAUCGGCUGCCAUUCGCAGAGCUGUCAAUCACCUUGAUUUGGCUAAUUAUGAGCCCUCUAUUAUCGCUACGCCUUCUCAAAUAUCCAAACAGUCAAGGAAUAGAGUAGGUGGGCAAAGGGCUGCUGGGCAUGCCUCGCGACAUGUACACAAGAAGACCUGUCGUCAUUACCAGUCUCCACCUAAACGUCCCACCACGGGUCGACGGUCUAAGCCUGUCUUGGCUAACGAUUUGCUCAGCGAUGCAACAGGAGCCGAUUUGACCUUUCCAUCAAUUUCCACCUUCGCUGAGGCUGCAGAUCCAAAACAACCUACUGCUGCUGCUGCUGCUUCCAAAGAUCCCGAAGCUGCUCUUAUGCCUCCACCUCCGCCCCCAGAUAGUAACGUCCGAGUUACAAGGCGUUCGUUGAAGCGUGGUGACAUUGACAAUCUGCCAUCUCUGGGUGGGUCACCUACUGCUCAAAAGAAUAUUGAAACGCAGUUGCCCGAUGGCCAAGCCAAUCCAUCGAAAAGAAACUCGAAUGCGAACAGAGCUGCUUUAUCACCCAACAACAAUAAGGGUUUUGGUAUAAACCAAUGCAAUGAGUGUGUAGAGUACCUCCGAUCCGUUGGGCUCUCACCAAGUAUGAUUCAACAGCACUUGCGAACCACGGCUCGCCAUACUCACUUGAGUCCUCGAGGGAGAAAAUGCUCAUCAUUUGGGGUCGGCACUUCUGCACUCUCCACCCCUCACGAUUUUUGGUCCAUUGGGGCUCUUAGUCCUCCGACAGUGUUGUCGUCACAAAACAACCGAAGAAGUUCUGCCCAAUCAUCUCGACGACCUGACGUAGGAGCUGCUUUGAGAAGACUACGUCGAAGACGACCUCUUGAAAUGCCCAAGAGGAGUUAA